AUGGUGCGCCCAUGGAGCCUCAACUACCCCUACACGAUCCUGCGCAAGACCAAGGCCCAGCCGUACGUGUACCCCCUCUUCCGCUUCCUGUACAUGAUCCGCCGCAAGGUCAUGAUGAACAACUACACCCUCCUCAAGAUGAAGUACCGGGUUCGGGAGCAGGUGAAGAAGCCAUGGGGAGAAUGGAUGAUCGUGCUAGUGAACCUGAGCCCACCCUACUUGGGGGCAGCACGGGUGAUCGUGUUCUUCUGUCUCCGGGCGCACAACCAGGAGAACCAACACAGACUCAAGCACCUCCAGCAGGCCAGCUACACCAUCCUCUACCUGCACAACAAGAUCCUGCUGGUGACCGUGGUGUACCUUCCCUUCUACCAGACCCUGCAGUUGACCGUGGUGUUCUACCUCUACCUGUACAACCUGAUGCUGCCGUUCUACCUGGACUGCAUGAUCCUGCCGAAGACCAUGGAGCCUACCCUGCCGGUGACCAUGGUGAAGUUCCCCCUCUACCGCAACCUGCUGAUGGCCCUGGUGUUCUACCUCUACCUGUACAACAUCAUGAUGCUGCCUCUAUCGUUGACCCUGAUGUUCUACCUCUACAUGGAGAACCUCAUGCGGCUGCUCUACCUGGACUGCAAGAUCCUGUCGGUGACCCAGGCGCUCUGCCACUACCUGAACUACACCCACAAAGCGUUGAGCAAACCCCUCCAGUUGACGUUUGUGAUGUGGCCGCUGACCCAUAUGAUCCUCAACAAACCCUUCGACCUC